GAGCUGAAUUUGAAUGGACUCCAGCAGUGUUUUCAUUGGAGGACAGUCAUGUGCUGGCCAUGCAGGGCCAUACGUAUACAGGUAACAGCCUCAAGGCAUGGCUGUGUCUGUUUAUUUACAAUGUCACCCUGAACUUCUCCCAUCCCUCAUCUCUUGCGUAACUCUUUCUGAUGAAGUCUGCAGUUGAGCUGGUGCUGAUGCUGGCGAUGUGCUAGAAAACGCAUCGACAGAAUAGUUACAAACUCCGUCUGUCCAUCGUUGGCCGCUGUUUGGCCUCGCAGUCGAUUUCAUUCCCAUUGUAUAUCGACAGAUACUGUUCUUGAGAAUAACGAAGCGUUCGGGGAAGGAGCUUCUGUCCACCGGCUGAGAAGAGAAACAGUCGAGCAAAGCCUCCGAGGAAGGAGUAGAAAGACUGUGCUCGGGGGCGCACGGGGGCGCACGGGGGCUGGAGAUCUGCCGUCAGCCUCCCAUCACUUGUUAAUCCUCUCCGGUCUCAUACAUUAUAGAUAGACUCACUGGAAGCAGGAUGAACAAACAAGAGGCUCAGAAACUGUGUGUGCGCGCGCGCGUGUGUGUGUGUGUGCGUGUGUGCUCGUGUUUUUUACAUUGCUUAACAAUAUCUGGGGGUUGGUUAACUGCUUGAAACACAUUAAUUGCCAUUGUAUUUCUGUCCACCUGUUUCUAUGCUAAGCUCCUUGGGGUUGCUAUGGUGAUGGAGAUGGAGGGGUGUGACUGUGUAAGGCGAGUAGAUGCUGUAUUGUAUGUGGGGGUUAUCUUGACAAACUGAUUGAACUGUAUGGCUACAUUACAUCAGUGAUUUGACAUGAAUAGUGUAGCACAGUUAGUACAGGUGCCUGGUUGCCUGGUUCCUUGAAAGAAAAAGAGCGAUUGUCAAGAUGGAGUGGUUAUGUAACAAAUCUUUUUUUAUAGCAUUUCACAGAGGAGAAACAAUGCGAGGAAUCAAUGAAAUGCUUCAUUUUAGCACUCUCUAGUGGAUGUCAAAGGUAGUAAAAACAUCGAAACGUUUCCAAUCUGCAAUAAUCCUCAUUUUCCUCUCCCUAUCAUCUGCUCCACCGAACGUCCGGCUUCUCUAAUCUUUCAUAGCUUCAUCUUUCACCCAUUUCUGCUCAUCCAACUCCACUUCUGUCGUGCUGCUUUCUCCUGUCUGCUGUGGAACAUUGAGAUGACCGAAGUGCCCGUGUUGGACUUUUCCUUAUCCGACCGAUCUGGUCGUCGAAACGCCCUGCCGGACAUCCUGGGCUCCCCGGUGGGGCUCAAUCCCACAGACAUGUCCCUCAAGCUGGCUGAGCUGUCUCUGACAGAUGGGCCCGGAGGCGCCCAGUCCCCGAGCACAGAGGACCCUCCGCCCACCCCCCCAGGAGGGACGGAGAGCAGGGGGGGGUCCUAGCGACCAGGGCCUGACAGAAUGCUGCUCUCUCCGAGUCAGAGCCAACACGUUUGGCCCGGUAUGGAUUUGACAACGACAACGAUCAACAGACUGCUUUGAUGAGGCUGUUCACUUUUCCGAGCUGGUGGCUGGCACCAGUCAUCAUGUCAUGGGUUUGAAGGAUGUGGGAACGGCAUCCAACACUGAGAAGAGAGAUGGCGAGGUGAGAUAGUAGGUAUAGAGAAAUCGUUUAAAGACCAAAGAAAAAUGAAACCUGCUUAGGAGAUAGCAAAAGAAGGAGAAUUGAAUUAGACAUGAGAACGAGGGGAGAUCUGGAGUUGAUUAUACCUGCCCCCUUCAAAGAAGGCUUCUAUGACAUCAUUAAAAGCAGGCUGUGGUUUGUCAGCCAACCCGGCAGAUUUGUGACGGUAUUGUUAUACGGAUUUGUUUGUGAGCGUGUCUGUGUGGUGUGUUUGCGUUACUGUGGUCUAAGUAAGAUGGCUUUCUAAUAAGGGAAGACAAGAUGGACGCAAAAUAAAGGAACUACACGCCCAAUGAACAGAGAUCAUCAAAUAUGUAGCAUAAUCCUUCUCCCAGUCUGCUAAAAGCUAUAGCGUUAAGAGCUUAAUCCCAUGAAUAUCAUGUCCUGAUUGACGACCUCUCAAUCCAGGGACAGGAUUAUUGACACUGCACUGCUAACCUAAUCCCAAUGCUGUUAUUACUGUAAUGAGCUCCUUCAAUGACAGGCUUCACGAUCAUGUAGUUUGUUUAAGGGGGUUUCACAAAUGACUGUAGAUGGCAACGCCAAUGUUAAACGUGCUGCUAAAUGUGUUGAUAUGCAGUAAGCCAAAUGGGCCACAUGGAGGAAAUACAUGGAAGUUCUGUAACAGUAUUAGGACAUAUUUGUUGUUUCUUGUGGAUUUCGUGAAUCAUGUUUCACUUUGUGCCAUCUUCAGAGUAAACAACAAAAUUGGUCUGAAGGUUUUUAAGUGAAUCAUGUUCUACUGUUGAAACUGUAUAUUUAUGUAAUUUCUAUCCUAAUAAUAACCUUGUCAUCUACUAAUGGUAAUAACAAUGAUAAUGCGACCAUGCACUCAGAUAAACCACACAUUCAUACCACAACACAGUAGUCUUUGUGAUGUUGUAUGUGCAAUAUCUGUGUUGGCAUUUUAUAUAACAAUUGUAACUGUACAUGUUUUGAAUAAAUACGUUAUUUUCUACGCUC